GUAGUAAAUUGGACAAUACCUUAGUGCUUUCAUUCGUUGGCCAGACCCGUGUCUUAAGUUUAAAUGGUGAAGAAGUAGAAGAAACCGACAUAGCCGGUUUUGCCUCAGAUCAACAAACAUUUUAUUGUGGCAAUGUUGUACAUGAACAAAUUAUACAAAUAACGCCCAUUUCUGCCAGGCUUGUUUCCGCACAAAAUAAGACCUUAUUAGCCGAAUGGAAACCGCCUACUGAGAAAAAUAUUAGUGUCGUGGCUUGUAAUACUUCUCAAGUUAUUCUUUCCACCGGCUCAGCUUUGUAUUACUUAGAAAUUCAUCCCAAUGAAUUGAUUUUGAAAGGAAACACUACACUUGAUGUUGAGGUUGCCUGUUUGGAUAUUAGUCCCCUCGGGGAUGGCACAGCAACAUCAGAAUUGGUAGCUGUUGGACUCUGGACAGAUAUAUCAGCACGAAUAUUACGUUUGCCUGACUUAUCAGAAGCUACCAAAGAAUUGCUUGGUGGAGAAAUAAUUCCUCGUUCGGUUCUCAUGGCGUGUUUUGAGGGUCACGAUUAUUUGCUUUGCGCGUUAGGUGACGGUUCGAUGUUUUACUUUUCCUUACAUAAAGACUCGGGAACGCUGACUGAUAAGAAAAAAGUAACAUUAGGCACCCAACCGACAGUUUUGAGGACCUUCCGAUCAUUGAGCACCACAAAUGUAUUUGCCUGUUCCGACAGGCCAACGGUAAUAUAUUCAUCGAACCACAAGUUGGUGUUCUCCAAUGUUAAUAUGAAGGAAGUAAACCACAUGUGCUCCUUGAAUGCAGAGGCUUAUCCUGACAGCUUAGCUUUGGCGACAGACACUUCAGUGACAAUAGGAACAAUUGACGAAAUUCAAAAAUUGCAUAUAAGAACCGUUCAAUUACAAGAGUCGCCAAGGAGGAUCACUUACCAAGAACAAUCAAAG